AUGGCAAAAAAGUAUGAAGGAUGUGCAGUGGGAAUAGACCUUGGAACAACAUAUUCUUGUGUGGCUGUGUGGCUUGAUGAACACAAUAGAGUAGAGAUUAUUCACAAUGAUCAAGGCAAUAGAAUUACACCUUCUUUUGUUUCUUUCAAAGAUGAUCAACGGUUGAUUGGUGAUGCUGCUUAUUAUCAAGCUGCUUCUAACCCUACCAACACUAUCUUUGAUGCUAAGAGGUUAAUAGGUAGAAAGUUUAGUGAUUCUGUUAUUCAAGAUGAUAUGAAGUUGUGGCCAUUCAAGGUCAUAGCAGGUGUCGAUGACAAACCCGUGAUUGUUGUUAAAUACAAGGGUGAAGAAAAACACUUUUGUGCUGAGGAAAUAUCAUCUAUGGUCCUCACAAAGUUGCGAGAAGUUGCGGAAGAAUUUGUAGAUUUCCCGGUAAAAAAUGCUGUUGUUACUGUGCCGGCUUAUUUCAAUGAUUCUCAACGAAAAGCCACUAUAGAUGCCGGUGCCAUCGCUGGCCUUAAUGUUAUAAGGAUAAUCAAUGAACCAACCGCUGCUGCUUUCGCAUAUGGCCUUAACAAGAGAACAAAAUGUGUUGGCGAAAACAAUAUUUUUGUCUUUGAUCUUGGUGGAGGCACUUUUGAUGUGUCUGUCCUAACAAUAAAAGACAACCUCUUUCAAGUUAAGGCCACUGCAGGAAACACUCACCUAGGUGGAACAGAUUUUGAUAAUAGAAUGGUCAACUACUUUGUGGAGGAACUGAAGAGAAAAAACAAAAUUGACAUUGAUGGUAAUCCAAAAGCCUUGAGAAGGUUGCGAACUGCAUGCGAAAGGGCAAAAAGGACGCUCUCUUUUGCUUCUACCACCACUAUUGAGGUAGAGAAUUUAUUUCAAGGCAUAGACUUUUCUUCGUCUAUCACUCGUGCCAAGUUUGAAGAAAUCAAUGCAGACCUUUUUAAAGAGUGUAUGAAAAUAGUUGAGAGUUGUCUUGUGGAUGCUAAGAUGAAUAAGAGUUGUAUAAACGACGUUGUCGUUGUUGGUGGUUCUUCUAGGAUUCCUAAAGUGAAACAAUAUUUGAUGGAAUUUUUCAACCGACAGGAUUUGUGCAUGAGCAUCAACCCUGAUGAGGCUGUUGCUUAUGGAGCAGCAGUACAGGCAGCUUUGUUGAGUGACGGCUUUAGAAAUGUUCCAAACUUGGUGCUGCAAGAUAUAACACCACUGUCUCUUGGUAUGUUUAUCUUAGGAGAUAUCAUGAGUGUGGUGAUUCCUAGGAACACUUGCAUUCCCAUCAAGAUAACGAAAGGUUUUGAAACAACUGAAGAUAACCAAUCUCUCGCCAAUAUUCAGGUUUAUGAGGGUGAGAGAACUAGAGCCAGUGAUAACAAUCUGCUAGGCUCUUUUACUCUUUCGAACAUUCCACCUGCACCUCGCGGCUAUAGUAUCAAUAUAUGUUUCGCUAUAGACGAAAAUGGUAUUUUGACUGUUACUGCUAUAGAUAAAUCUACUGGCAAUAUGAAUGAGAUUACCAUAAACCACUACAAAGAAAGUCUGUCUACUAAAAACAUUAAAAAAAGGAUUGAAGAAGCUGAGAAGUACAAGGUGGAAGACACUAAAUUCUUAAGGAAGGCCAAUGCGAUGAAUGCAUUAGAUUUAAGUGUUUACAAUAUGAAGAAGGCUUUAAAGAAGAAUGCUAAUUUAAAGCUGACUGCUCAAGAACGUGAGGAGAUCAACAAUGCAAUGACGGUGGCCAAAAAUUUGCUUGACAAGAAUAACCAACAGAAGAAAGAUACCGAUUUUCUGGAGGCUCAUCGCAUGAAGCUGGAGAACAUGUUGGAACUCAUUAAAGCCAGAACCAGCAAUGAGAAGAACCGCAAAUUUUCUUUAUUUAGAUUUCUUUCCAACUCCUCUCAAAUUGAGUGGGAUCUUUUGAGACAUAAUGGAGACGAAGAAGCUUGUAAUGAAGAUAUGGAAGAAGCUUGUGAUCAUGAAAAUGUGGAAGAAGCUUGUCGUGAAAAUAUGGAAGAAGAACAAGGAGAUGAUCAAGAAGAAGAAUAUUAUGAUGCAUGA